ACACACGAGCUUUGCGCAUGCGUAAGAAAAACGUCAGUCACAACACGGAAGUGAAUGCUCGUGGUACCUGUAUUUCUUGAAGUAAUCUUAUUAGAAAGCGGGGUGGUUGUUGGUUUUUUGCUUAAAGUAGCAUGUAAAUUGCGCUGAUCUUGUACAAGCAACUGAGUAGUAAUCUUUAUGUUUCGUAAGUUAUAGAUAAUAUUCGAAGAUGUAAUACAAACUAGAAAGUUGGUCAAGAUGUUGAAUGAAAUUUAAGUUAGCAGCUACGUCCUAUUCAACUAAACUUAAAAGAUAACAUGUCCUCGGUUUUGUUAUAUGAAUCAAUUAAUUCAAUAUGAAGUGUUCAGUACGCCAUUGAUUGAUAGUCAAGAUGAGAGUGAUCACCUUUUUCAUCGUGGGACUGACGGUCCACGUGGUCUUCUUCCUAUCCAUCUUUGACAUCUACUUCACAUCUCCCCUGGUUCACGGCAUGACGCCCCAGUCCACUCAAAUGAAUCCUCCUGCCUCCAGACUAGUUCUCGUGGUUGCAGAUGGUCUCAGAGCCGACAGUCUUUUCACCCUGCUUCCUAACGGUUCAUCGAGAACGCCGUACCUCAGGAGGGUAAUAGAGGAGAAUGGUACAUGGGGUGUAUCACAUACACGUGUGCCGACUGAGUCUCGGCCUGGUCAUGUUGCGCUGAUUGCAGGAUUUUACGAGGAUGUCAGUGCAGUUGCUAAAGGAUGGAAGGAGAAUCCUGUGGAGUUUGAUUCAGUGUUCAAUGAGAGCAGACACACUUGGUGUUGGGGAAGCCCCGAUAUCUUGCCAAUGUUUGCAAAAGGUGCCAGUGGAGACCAUGUGUAUACUCACACAUACCCAGCAGUGGAGGAGGACUUUGCUUCCACAGAUGCUUCUAGACUGGACAGCUGGGUGUUCACUCAAGUCAAAUCUUUAUUUGAGUCUGCAAAGUCCAACUCUACACUGAAAGCCAGUCUGCUUAUGGAUAAGAAUAUAUUCUUCCUGCAUUUGCUGGGCAUUGACACAAAUGGACACGCUCACAGACCCAUGUCCGAGGAGUACCUAAACAACAUUGGCCUGGUGGAUAAGGGUAUAGCUGAGCUUGUGCCCGUCAUGGAGGAGUUCUUUGGUCAUGAUGGCAGAACAGCAUAUGUGUUUACCUCUGAUCAUGGCAUGACCAACUGGGGUUCCCACGGUGCAGGCCACCCAUCUGAAACACUAACCCCUUUAGUGGUGUGGGGUGCUGGCGUCAAUGUGGCCCAGAGAGUCACAGAACCCCAAUCCUAUGAGGAUCAUUUUCUUCAAGAAUGGAAAUUGGAGCACAUCCGUAGAGUUGAUGUCAAUCAGGCAGACAUUGCUCCACUAAUGGCUUCUCUUGUUGGUGUACCUAUUCCUGUUAACUCUGUGGGUGUUUUACCUAUCCUCUACCUCAACAAUAGUGGUCAGUUCAAGGCAGAAAGCAUGUACACUAAUGCGAUUCAGGUUCUGGAGCAAUUCAAGAUAAAAAUGACGCAGAAAAAGGAAACAACACUGUCUUUUUUCUUCACACCCUUCAAGCAGCUAACUGAGUCCAAACAAGCUGAAAUCACCCACAAGGCGCGAAUACUGAUUCAGCUUGAGAAAUACAACGAAGCUAUUUCCCUGUGCCAGUCGCUGAUAUCCCUCUCUCUGGAAGGCCUCCUCUACUAUCACACCUACGACAGGUUCUUUCUGGGUUGCAGUGUGGUGCUGGGAUUCGUUGGCUGGACCUCAUAUGUUAUCCUAGUCAUACUAAAGACUCACGCCAGCCUCAACAGACAUCCUCACUUCUCAAAACAGAGAUCCAGUCGCACUGUGGCCAAACUGUGCAUGUGUGUGGCAGUGAUGAUCACAGCGUUCCUGCUCAUCCAAAGAAGUCCAGUCACCUACUAUAUUUACUGUCUGCUGCCUGUGCCUGUUUGGUUUUUUGUUUAUAAAGAGUCUGGAGCUCUCAAAGAUCUCGUUCGAUCAAUCCCCUCUCUACCAUUAUGGAAAUGCUUAGGGUAUUUCGUUUUGGUGACAUUUGGCAUCGAGUUGCUGGUGGUGAGCUUCUUUAACCGCGCCGUGCUGACUGUAGGACUGGGUGUCCUCUCCUUGUGGCCAAUUUUGACCGGACUUUUUACCAAAGCAAAGUUUCGUUCUCUGAGCUGGUUUCUGGGGUGUCUGUGCUUGUCAGCUUUCCCCCUGAUGCCUGUCGUGGGUAGAGAGCCUAACCUGCAUCUGGUCACCGGCGGAGGUCUGCUCACCCUUUUCUCUUCAGCCUGCUUCUUCUGGUCAUCACGGCAGAGGACACCGCUGCAGUUUAGAGACGGACGGCAGUUUUUUGCUCAGAUGCUGCUUGUGGCGGUGUGUGCAUGCGUGCCGACUUUCACGCACUCCAGCCUGCAACAGAAGCGGGGCCUUCCUCUUCUUAACCAAAUCAUCAGCUGGAGCACUUUAGGUUCUUCAAUAUGUGUUCCAUUGCUGAGCUCAUCACGUCUUUUCCAUCGUCUUCUCAGCAUAUUUUUGUCUCUCACGUCCACAUACCUUUUGCUUAGUACUGGGUCAGAGGCCUUGUUCCCUCCUGUGUUAUCUUGGUUAAUGUUUGCAUGGAUCAACAUUGAACAGGAGGCUUUGCUCGCUCAAGGCGUCUCUGGCAGGCUAGAGUUGUCCACCAUCGACUUCUCAGCAAACAUUGACAUCAGCAAGAUCCGACAACUGAAACUGGAUGACAUUCGAAGAUCAUAUUUUUUUGUGUUUUUUAUAAUUACAGCUUUCUUUGGUACAGGAAACAUAGCCUCCAUUAACAGUUUUGAUCCAGCUUCUGUUUAUUGCUUCUUGACUGUUUUCAAUCCUUUUAUAAUGGGAGGUCUAAUGAUGUGGAAGGUCAUCAUACCAUUCAUCAUAGUAAUGUGUACAUUUGAGAGCAUUCAAGUUGCAACACAGCUCUCAUCAAGAAGUUUGUUUCUCAUUGUCCUUGUUAUCAGCGAUGUAAUGGCUCUGCAUUUUUUCUUCAUGGUGCAGGACUAUGGCAGCUGGUUGGACAUUGGCACCAGUAUCAGCCACUAUGUAAUAGUGAUGUCAAUGACGAUCUUCUUGAUGCUUCUCAGUGUGGUCACACAUAUUCUCACCUCAAAGCGACUAACCUUGUGUGCAAGCCCCAAAAUGCACUUCCCUUAAGCGUGUUUGCAAUUCAAAUUAUAUUUCCAAAUGGUUGUUGUUUUUUCAAGUUGCUGCAUAUGUGAGUUACUGUUUACUUCAUGGCUAUAUGCUGUAGUUGAAAAACCCUUCUUACUGAAGUGGGUCAAUGCUUUUGCAUAAUCCCAUUUUCACUGAAGUCAUUUGUAUCCGUUUUAAGCACAUCUUUGUAUUAAUCUUAAUGACUUUUCUAAUGACUGUGUCUUUAGGUUGCAAAUUUGAUAAAGGGUGACUAUAACUUUUUUACUGCUUAUAUAUAUUUAUUUCCUGGUAACAUUUUUUUUUACUGUAGAAGGUGAAGGGUUGCUGUACUGAUCUACUGUCUUGUAAAUUACUAAUAAAAAUUUAGGAUCAUAGUGGAAGAUUUAUGUCUGCUAUAAUCCACUUUUUACACUACAACUGAUAUAGGAAAUGUUGUGGUAUUGGGUUAAAACCACCAUUUGCAAAUACGACUCCUGAUGCAAGGACAAAAAAUUGUUUGCACCCCCUUAAAAAUGAGGAAGAUUUGUUGUACAUUAGACCUCACUGGCGCACAGUGCUAUAAACUGGGUUUAUGUUUUUCAAGCUACCAAAAUGUAAUUUUUUAAAAUAAAGCAGAUUUUCUAGCAAACUUUUA